CAAGGCUGUAAGGGUCUUUGUCAGCGAGAGGCUUAAAAAAAUUGCGGUUUCUAAUAGAUGUGGGCAGUCAUGAUGCUCUAAAUGAUAUUUCAGACUGCUUAAAUUCAUAAUGGAGAAUGCUGCAGAAUAUGGACCUGCAUUACCGCCUGUAGACAUUUGUUCCUGGCAAAAUAGCAAAUGCUAGGAUUAAGUGUCCACCAGAAGAUUGCUUAAAGGCAUGCAAGAUUCAUCUGUUCAAGUGAAGCAAGAAACACACAUGAUUGGACCAUCACUUCCAUCUGGCUUUAUGAAACAGGAACACAUGGAAACUGAAACUUCAGGCAACGUGGCAGAGGAGACUUCGGCAGCUGUUGCAGCCAUCGGAUCAGAAAUACCACAGCAAGGAACAGAGUCACUUUCCACCAGCACGGGUGUUAUUACAGCGAAUUAUGUUGCUGGCACUGAAGGAGAAGGUCUGGGUACAAUUGGACCACUUGUCUCAGAAAUGAGUCAUGGUGAUGAAGUGGUGCAAGCAGCAGAGGAGUUUGAGAGACGUUCUCGAAAAAUGAAAGAUCACCUGACAAUUAAGGCAGAGGCAGAACCAGGACCUAGUAAAAGAGAAGAGUGGAUGACAGAGCUGCCACCAGAGAUGGGCAAGAAUUUUGGUUUGACGACCAGAACUUUCAGCAAAGGAACUGGUAGUGACAGCAAAGACCGGUCUGACUGGACAGACACUCCUGCAGACAAAGUCAAAAAGGAAAGAGAUGGGAAGAGCAAGAAAAGGAAGAAGGAUGAAACUGUGGAAAAAAAUAUAUCAAAAAGGGAUGCACAGCUACAGCAGCAGGUGGAAGAGUACAAUAAAAAAAAGAGACCUGAGUCUUUGGUUGAAAUGCAUCAAAAACACAAAAAGAAGAAAAAGACUUCUUCUGCUCAAAACCAGACGCAGACUGUUGCAGAGUCAACACAAGUUCAGCCUACUGUACAACACUCCACUCAGGUUCAGACACAAACACAGACCAUCCAGCAUCUGACACCCCAACAGCAGCAGCAGCUUCAGCAACAAGUUGUGGCAGCAGGUGGAGAUCAGAUGCAAUUCCUGCAACUUCCGGAUGAAAUAAGAGAAAGUCUUGACCUACUGUCAGACCAGAAAACAUCAGAAUAUUACAGUGGGGAGUUUCAACAGACUGAAUUCAAUGAAGGUAAACCAUUGGCAGACCUCCUUCUAAACCAGAAUAUGGUUGGGUACAGCCAGGAUGGGACAGUAUUUUCGCAGGGAGGAGCCGUUUUUAGUACCAGCCAGAUGAUUGCUCAGGCUUACAACCAAGCCCAGCAGCUCUCCACUGCAUCACUCAGUCAGCACCCUAUCUUUGCUACCAGUUUAGCAGGGCAGGUAGGGCCAAAUAUGGGUAUCACCAUCAUACCAGCCCCUCUCCAGGAGGGGCAGACUACUCUGCAGGAUGGGCAAACAUCAGUUACUGAUGACUCUCAGACUGCAGGGGCUGUCCAGGCACUGAGUGGCACAUACGCUGGUACCAUCACCUCACAGGCAUCAUCUAUCUCUGCCUUUCCUUUGGGACAAAAUGUCAUCAUUGCUUCACCUAGCACACAGCAAGGGAACUUUAUUUUCACAUCUUCUGGACAGGCAGGAGGAGGUAUUGGACAAAACAUUGUCAUUGCCGCUCCAGGGCAGCAGGGCAGCUACCUUGUAAAGCAAGAAACGCAAGAAGAACUUGCCCAGACCUUGGUUUUGGCAUCACAAAAUGCUCAGCAGACCCUCGGCCACAACGUGAUCAUGGCAUCAAGUAGCACUCCUCAGACAGCCACACUUAGUGAUGGGAGCAGUGUGGUGCUGGCCCACUCAACUCCUUCUGGUACGCCAACAUCAGAAGGCCAGGGUGGUGGGAAAACAGUGUCAAUUUCUUCCAAGAGCCUGCAUCCCACAGCAAGUAGUAUUUCAGCUGCAGCAGCAGGACUUCAGGCCCAAGGCAGCAUGCAGCCUGUCUCCUUAGUCCUUCCACCAGUGAAUUCCAUCUUUCCCCAGCUGCAGAACAUACAGAGUCAGACCACUUCUCCUAAUUUUAUUCAUCUGAGUGCUAAAAUGGACAAAAUGAUCAUCAUACUGCAAGAGACUGCAAAAUCUCUGGCAGACACUAACAAACGUCUAGAACGGAUAGAGUCCCAUCUCAGUAUGACACCUCCCUCCUCGAGCAAAUCCAAGAAAAGCAAAAGCUCCUCGUCAUCAUCUUCAUCGUCAACAACAACUGCAACUGCAGCAACAUCAUCCUCAACAUCAACCACUCCUUCUGGUCCAGCUCCCUCAAAAAGUGAGCUAAAGGCAGCUCUUGCAGACUAUCUUACUAUCACAGAUUUCAGCAACACUGAUGAGCUUCGACGCAAUGAUUCUUCUUCAGACCUGUUUAUUCCAGUGGGAACUGUGAGCUUGCCCAUUCAGGAGCCACCAAGUCCAAGUUUCAGUGAGGCAAGUGGAGAGACAGCUACCUCCACUGUUUCUGAAUUGCCGGAUCAGAACCUACUAGUGUUGAAUGACCCGAACACAGCCAUCGUCACUACACCCGAGCUCACCGCCCCAGACAGCCAGAGUGGUAUUGCUGUAACCAUCUACGAUAGUGAGGGAGGAACUUAUGAGCUGGGACCCGACAGCAGUAAAGACAAUGCUGUGGGUCGAUUCACCACUGUUUCACAGAAUCCUAAGACUGUCAUUGUAGAUCCUAAGUUUUGGGAAAUGUUGGUUGAGGAUUUCCAGAAAAACAUGACCUCAAAGCAGAUCAUGUCUGCUCUAGCCAAUGUUAGAAAGCCACUUGUUCGCAAUAUGGGCAAUAAUGAGAUCAGUAUUUGCUCAACAGUUCUGAAGGAGGCUGAAGAGGCUUGCCAAGGGAGAAGAGAACGUUUGGCAAAAGAACUUGUGUUUCGUAUCUUCACUUUGGGUGAAGUGUAUGAUCGCAACGUGUCUGGUGUGUUUUACAUCAAGGGUAAGAAGAUGGAGAACAAGCACAAGGCUUUGGAUCCAGCUAAGAUGUCAGCUAUUCGUUUCUUGGUGAUGCGUUAUCCACCUUCAGUGCUGGACAAUCCCCGGCUUGAGAAACUAGUGUGGAAAAAUUGUGUGGACCGCAUUAAUGAUGCCCUGCGUCGAAUUUACAAUUGGAUCCACAAACUGGUUGAUAUCAACUCCAUUGUUGACAAGCUACCCACAGACAGUAUCUUGCAAAGUUCUGUGUAGCUGUUUCUCUCCCCACCCCAUUAUCCCCCUUGUUUUUCAAAUUCACCCAGUAUCUUUGCUUCUCCUUUAUCAUGAUCACACACUUACUCCAUGGUCCAACAGAGUUGUGCACACAAUAAUACCUGUGACAUGAUGGUUCCCUUAAAAUGAAAAACUAGUGGAAUUUUUUUUUUUUUUUUUUUUUGUCUUCUAAGUUUUAUAGUCAAAAAAUUUUUUUUUUUUUUUUGUUUCAUAUGCAUUUAAAACCAUUCUUUAGACAAGAAUAUAGGAUGCUGGAGGAGGGAAUUGAUUGCUUGUGAACACUUAGCUUCAGAAGAGCUAUUUUUUACAUGUUGUCUCUACUCAUAAUUGGUCAAAACUUCUGAAGGACACUCCUACCCAUUUUCUUUGCAUGUUGACUGGUAUGUAAACUUCUAGGCUAGCUUCCCAGAAUUCAUCUCAAAAGACAGGAAGCAUUCAGUCCCUUAACAGGGUCAAAAAUUACAGAAAGACUGCUACUAAACUAGUAAUUUGAUAGAUGCAAGGUAUGUCAGCAUCCUAUCAGAAAGAACUUUAUACAAUAUAAUCUUAGAUUUUACAUCUUAUCUUCAUCUGUAUAUGCUGUGUGAUGUGCAGUUCACCUUUUAUAUAAUGAAAGGUGCUUAAGAGCAUAAAGAAAAUCAGGUCAUUUAAGCGUGAAAUUUUACUGCAGACUUCUGUCUGCUUUUUUAUGUUGCUUUUUAAAGCUUUUGAAAAAUCUCCAGGCUGCUGUGGCUGGCAGAAUUGAGGUCUAACUCAUCCAUUCAGCCAGUUUGAUUUUAGCUUCUAGUGACUACUGAUGUAUAAGAAACCAGCAACUAGAUGGCUUGAAACAACAGCACAAAACAAUGCAUAUGCACAUGCACUUUCCAUAGACUAAGACCAUUAAAUUUGAAUACAUAAGUUUAAAGCUGUUUGGGCGAAAAAAUUUGUAAAUGGGAGGAGGGGAGGGGUUUAUAAGAUGGCACAGUGCAAACAAAAAUUUAAAGCUAACGGUCUUUGGAUCAUAAGACUAUUGAGUAGCACAACUCUUAUACAUAUAUCUAUACAUUUUAAAACUUUUAGGAACUUUUUUCCCAUUUUUGUAUGGCAAAGGGUGAGCAUGUUACAUAACGUAACCUUUAUCAUGCAUUUUAUCUGAUUAAACACAUAUUGUCUUUGAUAAUGAAUGUUUACCUACAUCAGUGUUCAGGUAUUGCACUGAGCUUGUCUUGCUGCAGUCAUUGUUGUUAAUGGCCUGUAUAUCAAUCAGGUCAUCUUGGAUUAAUACACCAAUUUUAUUUUAGCAGAUUUUGGUAUUGUGUAACAAUGGGGUGUUUCCUGAACAAAUUGGCUGCUUUUAAGAAAUACAUUUUGUGUGCCCUAUGUUCAUGGUUAAUGAUGACCCUUGAAGAAAGUAUUCUUUCUUUUCUUCUUCUACUCCUUCCCACCACCCUUGCCAUUUCAGCCAUUUGUUGUUUAUGGUUCAUUAGUUCAUCAUGGUUCAUAAUUUCUUCAGUUUUCUUUCUCUCUCUCUAUUUGUUGUUGCAUAAAACUUAAUUUUUUUAAAGGUAAUGACUAUUGCUGGCAAAGGAGAGGUAAGUUGAAUAAAGUUUAGUUGAUGGUAACAAAGAGUUAUAACAAUAAUUGAAGUAGCAGAGCGCAUUUCACUGUUUGGAGGCAAAGUCAACGCGCUGUGCACAAAAGACUACAACUAAACUGACAUUCGACCAUACAACACAGCAACACAAGCAGCAACAGAUGGAUAACACUAUGGCAGACAAAAGUGUAUGGAUGAAGAUUGAGAAGUAAGCAGAAGAGUUUGCUUGAUUAUGAAAGAUAAUUCUUAGAGAUUUGUUUUGAAGCCAAACUUGAAAGCUUCAAACAUACAGUUCAAAAAGAAAGGGGCAGAUAAUUCCAAAUGGGGCCAGAGAAGGAGUGCCUGCCAGAUUUUUCUCAUCUGAUGCAUAAAACAGAGAGGCAGGCAGCAACUCAGGUAGCAAGGCAUCGAUCACCCUGGCCUUCUGGGGUGAGGCCACGAAGACAACAGUAGCACAGUGUGGCGAUCAUGUAAUCAAUGUGAGCUCUAACUGGGAGCCACAGGAGCUCAUGGAGGAGAGGUGAUGCACGUCUUUGACCUGAAGAAAACAAUGUCAGCAGCACGAUUUGAGCCUUUAAAGUUAGGUAGAUCGAUGAAUAGAGAGUUGCAGUAACCCGGGCAGGACAGCACAGAAGUGGAUAUGAGCUGAUUAGUAGCAAAAUCUGACAGGAAAGGUCAGAUAUGACUGAUUCUGUGAAACUCAAGGAAGAUGAACUUGCAGACUGCAUUGAUGUGGGACCCUAUAGACAAUAAGAUGACAGUGAUAAUACCGAGAUUUCUGGUGGUCUAGAAAAGAGUUGCUCCUCUAAGAGAAUAUAAAAGUAGCAAAGGAUGACAUGUAUUUCAGUUUAUUUGCAGAGGCUGUUGGAAUCAAAAUAAAUAUACAUUAAUCUUUUUACACUUACUUCUUAUUGUCUUUGUUAUAUCCGAAACACAAUCUCAUGUUUCACAGUGGUACCACACAAAGAGCCAUUGUUCAGAACAAGAAAUGUCCAAUGGAAAAGCAGCAAGUAAUUAGUGAUGGAGCAUUUCAGCUUCCGGGCAAUUAUAAAAGUUUGCACAUCUCAACAUUUUCUAAAAAUCGUAAGCAUAAGUAAAUGUUGGCAGUUGAUGCUGUAGUAAAGCAAGAUGUUUUAUUUUAGAUAAAGGAUUGUAAGAACUAGUUUAUGAGACUUAAAAAUGUUAGAAAUAUUGCAGUAUUUGCUAAGAUAAGAUGCAAAGAAAAUUGUUCUGAUGUGGUUUUCUAAACAAAAGUAAUUUGUUAAAUGUUCUCUUUUUUCUUGUCAUGUUGAAUGCAGCUCUCAAGUCCAAUUUGAUCAACAUACUGAGUUUUGUGAACAUAAUAUUUCUAUAUGGUUGUGCAAGAGUUGUGGUUUCUACACUCAAUAUGAAAUAUACUUUUUGAGAAAAGAGCACAUAAUUUCAGACAUCUGAUAUGAGGUAAAAGCCAUUCUCUGUUUUUGACUAUGUCAUGAAAUAUAGAAUGGCUUGUGCUUAGAUAUCAGACUGUGAAAUCAGACAAGUAUGUUGCUAAGGUUCUUCUUACUCAGACAAAUAUGGACAAAUGUUUAACCAAGUUGACAGAGUUGUUUGUGUCAUCAUGUAAACACUUUGCCAAACAUGGUCAAAUACUUGUCCAAUUAAAAAAGGCAUAUUCAUGUGCUUAGUAGGAAUGAAAUGCAGCUGUUUUAAUUUCAUCUGCAGCAAAGCAAGUUAAAAAAAAAUAAUACUUGAAGUAUACUUUAAGGGCAUUGUGGAAGAAGAAUGUUAUUUCCUGUUGAAACAGUCUUUAGAUGUAAACUGUUUAAUGUUUUAGUCAGUAUGUUUCUUUUCUUUUCUUUUUUAUUUUUUUUACAUUAUUGUGACAUUUAGAAAUGAAACAUUUAUUUAUGAGACACAGACUGUUAGUUUCAGAAGUAUUAUGCUGCCAUUUUUGUAUGUUAAGCAUCUUAAUCUACAGCAUAUUUCUGAUUUUCAAAUCCCAUUUGCCACAUUAAGCAUAACAUAUACCUUCUACCUAGCGUAGACAUUUGUAGUUUGAUUAUUAAGGUAUGUUUGCUUUAUAUAAUUUCACUUACAAUAUUGUAUGUAUAAAUAUAUAUUACAUGUUUUAAAGCUCAGGUGCUGAUAUGAAUAAGUAAAUUUAAGGAAUACAAAACGUUCUGUAAGAAAGAUAUUGAUCUUCAAAGAUUAUCAGUUUAGAGAAGGCAUUAAAAAAUGUUGGAUGACUGUUUAAUGCAGACUAUAUUGUCUGUGAUAUAAAGUGAUGUUUGCAUGCACAAGAAAGAAAGAGAGAGAAAGUGUGCAUGUUUCUGUGCAGGUCAGAGGAAAAUGAUUACGAAUCUGCAAAGUGCAAUCUUUGAAGCUGUUUACAGGCUUUUGGUUUAUAUGCCUUUCUCAGACAAAUUCUUUUUGGCUUAUUUCUUCAGUGUACUUAUGGUACCAUCUCAUUCAGGUUCAUAAAAUCUUUUUAAGGAGUUUAAAAAAAGACACCAAUUUGUUCUGUAGGUGUUGUUGACAUUAAUGCUUUGCCCUGCAUGUUCAUCGUUGUAACGAGCAUGUCUUAUGAAUGUUCUUAUCAGUGUAAUUAUGACUGUUUUAAACUGUAUGGCUUGAAGAGUGUCAAAGGCAUUCAUUUAGCAUUUUCAGCAUGGUCUUUUAGCUCUUUAUGAAUUAGCAGAUUUCGUCAGUUGUAUAUAUUAUGUUUGUCAUUGUCUGAAGUAGCUGCCUAGAAAUGGCCAUCCUUUUUAGCCCUGCAUAAAAUGAAAAUUUUAAUUAUAUGAACGGAACAAGAAAAAAGAUAAGAAACAGUUUCCCCCCCACCCCACCCCCUGCUUGUGACUAACUGAUACGGUUUAAUUAAAAGUACACAUUUCUGUAUUGCUCAUGGGCUGUUGUCUCGUUCUGUUGCAAAUUGACGUGACCUGAAGGUUACGUGGGAAGGAUGACUUAUUGAAAUGUAAGCAUGAUUUUUGCAUGUUUCUGGCAAUGUUACUUCAUGGAGCCAUCAGGCAUGAAAAAUAGCAGCGCACCAAUAUUAUGAACUUCACAGUGAAAAGUAAUUAUUAAGGUUUUUAAAUCCAAGCUGCAUCCAUUUUUGUGGCACUGUUGAGUAGGUCACCUCAUUAUUUCCUCAUUUCAUUAUGUUGGGAGAGGUGGAUUGUAUAUGCCUGAUGUAUGUGCUCAUACAUGUUUAUCAUUGUCUUGUUAAAUGCUUUUUAGAUUGCACUCUGCAGAAGUGUCUCUUAACGUUGAUUACUGUUUCAUUGGCUUUUAUUACAUCAGCAUUCUUCAAGAUGAUCAUGCACCAGAUGGAUCUGAUAAACAUAAAUAUUUGGCUGAGUUUGUUGUUGUCUCUUACAUCUCCUUGGUCCUUAAUGUUCUAAAAUUGUGUAAAAUAUUCCCUCUUGUUAUUUGUAGUAAAUGAGUCUAUCAUCAUGUUCAGCGUUUCAGAUAUUUCAACAGUGUUAUCACUUUUGUUGGUCUCAUGAAUGCUUGGUUGAAUGUGUACAAGCCAUUGGGGUCUAUGAAUUAUUAAUAAAGCAGGUAAAAAAUAAAAACACCAUACCACCAGGAUUUAAUUAUUGUUCUCUGAUACAAGGAAAACAUCACAGAGAAACCAUUUUUUGAAGACUAAAAGUAGUAAUUUAGCACUUUCAGUGAUCUUCAUUUUUGUUUAUGUACCAUAGAAUGUUUAUAGUUCACUGACUUACAUUGUUCAUCUGAUUUUAUAAAAUAGUUUUAAGAAUUUUUUCUCCUAGAAAUGACAAGGGUUUUCUCCUUCUGCAGCAUGGAUUAUUUUAAUAUUAAAUUGGAAAGAUUUGUUUCAUUUACAGCAGAAGCUUGUUUUUUAAAAAAAAAGUCAAUUUGAAAACAAGAAAGUGUUUGUUGAUUUCAUUUUUUUUCUACACAUCCUGCUCUGAAAACUUUUUUCACAGCAGUUCAGCACAAGUUGUACUGCCAGUUCUUUAGCAUGCCUUGGCUUGACCUAGAGAACAAAAGUUAAUUUCUGAAACUAAAAGGGUUGCAGAUUACAAAUUGUAAAAAUGUUAGAAAAGAUGUAUGCUUUGGGUAUCAACUGUCAUGCCAUUUCAUUAAGUUUUAUUCAUACUUCACAAGACUAGUUGUUAGCCACAGUUUUACAAUAAAUGUAGAAUUUUAAGCACUUGAACACUGCCACGAAAAAUGAAAUGGAAAUCUUGGCAUUAACUCUUGAUGUCCAAUUUUGCAACAGAUGUACUUUCAAAUUACCAUAAUAAUUAUAUGGUCAUGAUUAGAAGCACUUGAAUUAUGCGAAUGAACAGCCUGAAAACAGUCACUAAUUCUAGUUCUUAUCUUUACUGUGUAUAUGUGGAGGCAAGUGCACGUGGAAGUGUGUCUCUGUUAAAAAGAAAGUUAACAGUUUCUGUGAUGUACAUAAUAUAACCUGUUGCAUUUUGUACAUAUGAUCUUUAUUUAUUUGUGGUCACUUUUCUAUGUGCAUUAAAAUUUGCUUGUACUUUUGGUUUUGUAAAGCAAAGGACAAAGGAUAUUGCAUAUCGAAUAUAACUGUAUUCUGUUGACAUUUUUAUUGCAUGUUUAUGUUUUUUUCGGACAGUAAUCUCCAGAUGCCUUAAGCUAUGACUCAUUUCUGCCAUCAGUAUAAUGCUAACAGUGUUCUCCUGGGGGGAGGGGGUUGUUUGUACAUGUGAGCAUAUGUGCAUUCUUGCACAUUCUUGUGUUUUCACCUGCUUGGUUGAAAUUUCUUAAAGGGUUUGCCAUUUAUUCACUCUAGCACUUUUUGAAUGGCAUCAAAGCACCUUGGUCAGGAAAGAGCUUUCAACAUACAAUUCUGAAUAAGACCGAAUUACUUAUCAUACUCAUUUGUUUAGUUCAAACGUUCAUUUCAUACCCUCUCCCCUAUUUUUCAUGUUUGUUCUGUUGAAACUUGGUCAAAGUGGGUAUUUUUUUCAAAGUAAUGUUGACUUUUUUUACGGUAAAGUUUUUUGUAUUGCUGUAUUUGUUGAUUUCUAAUAUUUAUCAUAAAAGAGAUCUUAGUUCUUCUGUCACUUUCUCCACCCACCAUCUUACUCUCUCUCCAUUCACACCUUAAAAGUAGCCAUUCAGAUUUCAAACAAUCACGUAUACUCCAUGGGUUUUGUCAAUAUAUUAUCACGUAGGUACAGUUGUCGUUUUCAUUGUACAUCUGUAUUUAAACUUCCUCUUGCUGUUGAAAACUACUAACAUUACUGUUGCUUGACAAGUCUUGAUACAAUUUUAGGUUGGUUUUUUUUUUUUUUUGUUUUUUUUUUUUGUGACUAAUGUAGUAAAUACCGAAUAUAGUUUUGACUCUCACAUCUAAAAUUUGAGCUGUUUCAUGAUUGCUGGUGACUAAUGUUUGAAAAGUAUCAUGCAUAGUGAAAUACUUUGUGCACUUCUACUUGUUAAAGUAGCAUUUUGUGAAAAGGUCCUGAUAACCAAAAAAAAAAAUUGUCAUGUUGAAUGUGUUGUUUUAGCUCCACUUUGUCAUCAUAUAAACAGCAAUGUUUGUUGAUGUUCUGAUUCGUUGAAUAUUAGGCAAAUCUACUCAGGAAAAAAUUUUUACUUGCUUAGUUUUUACUGUGCUGGAGAUAUCCACAAGUUACAAUAGAUUUCUCAUUUAAUGUAUUGCUAACAGCUUCUUAAUAAUGCAGGGUUUAAUUUUUUGCUUUUGUUCUGAGUGUGUUUAAAUAGUUAAUGUGGGGUUUUUAGAAAGAGUUUAUGGGAAAGGGAUGUUGGAAUCAAAGCAAGUAAUGCUUUUCCUUUUGUUAAGAAAAUUUUGAUACAUCCUUUGCACUGUUCUGCUUUUCUUUAUGAAAAAUGAAUGGUUCUCUCGUUUCUCAAAAUUGGACUAAGUUUCAUUACUGUUAGUAUAUUUGUCUGCUCCUGUUUGUCUGAUGUUGUUAAUAGUUUAGAUGUUGUAAAAUGCAGCAGUUAGGUAAAUACAACCCACAAUGUUGUCACGAUCAUCAUGCACCAGCAGUCAGAUCUUGAUGUGAGUUGUUACCAAAGUUGUGCUUUUGGCUUUAUAAUUUUAACUGUCUCUAACCUUUAUGUAUUAAGUAGAUUUUCUGAAUAUAUUGUACAAUUUGCAGCUCUUUAUGCAUGCUAUAUUCAAAGGGAAUCUUUGUAUUAAGAGAUAAUUAUAAUAGAUGGUGCUAAAUUGAGAAGAUUUUAUGUGCUUUGAUCAAAAUAGAAUAUUUGUAAAACCCUGAUCUGACAAAAAAUAUAUAUAUAUACAUGUGAUACGGUUGCAUUUUACCACAAACAUCUCCUUUCAAGAUUCUUCAAACUUAUAAAUAAAUCUCAUAAUGUUCGUAGUUCGGCAGUGGGUUGGUUUCUUGGAUAUCAACUAAACUGCUGCAUCUGAUCAUGGAAUAUUUCCUAGUUCUUGGUACUAUAAUGUUAAGAUUUUCAGUACAACAAUUUGAAUUGUAUGUCACAAGAUAGUAUAUUAGGCUUUUUCUUUCUAUUCUGCUGUAAUUGAUAUAAAUUUUUCAAUUUUUUCAAUUAUAUGCCCACAUUUGUGAUUAUUUUUAGUAUUCUGUGGUCAGCAACAAAAAAGAGAAAUAGGAUUGAUUUAAUUCUUAAUGUUUCCCUCACCUUUUUUCUUUUUUUUUUUUUCUACCCCUUUCUCUCUCUCUCAUUUUUUAAAAUGCAGAAAGAUUUUCUGCAAACUGUUGUGCAGCAACAUUUUAGGGUUGAUGGCAAAGCAUACAUAAGCUAUCUUCUGUUUUAAGCUAUUUGAAUGAAUCUUUCUUUUGUAGACGUCAAUUUGAUGGCAAAUAUUAGAAUGCAUGCAAGUGGUAUAAGAUUGUUGCAUGGAUUUGGGUUGUGCCUUAAUAGGGAGGUUCAGCAAAGAUAACAUUGGCUGCAAUAUUGAUUUCCAUUCAACCAUUGCUGAUGAAAAAAACUUGUUUAUUAAGCUAGAUCCAUCACACAGUGGGUCCCCCUCUCCCCUUCAUGAUAUACCAUUAUCUUGUUCAUUGAGUAUAUGACUUAUAGGCUUCAACAUUUUCUGUGAAAAACAUCAGAUAAAUGGGACAAGAUCAGUCUUUUCCUGUUUCCUAUCUUGAUAUUUUGGUAUUAUUGAACCAUACAGAAUUGAUUGUGUUGUACCUUGUUAAAUUUGUGUUCCAUCUUAUAGGAAGUUUUCUGUAAUUGUACUGAACCAGUGGUCAUUGUACAUUAUUAUGUUACAUUCAUAAUGAACAUUUCUUUGUUUCCCUUCAAUUGGAGAUAAAUGUCGUGUUGGUUAAAAGUAGUUGUAAUAAAGUGUAGGAAGCAAA